UGGCUAAAAAUUCCAACCCGUUUCCAUAUUCUCUCAUUAGAAAUGUUUUCCUUUUUUCAAACACCACCAAUGAGAGGCAUUAGAUAAUGCAUUAUUAGUUAUCUGGCAGAUUCCCUAGUUGUGAAGUAAAUAUGAUUUCAUCACAGUAAAAAUUGUCCUAGUAUGAUUCAAGAGGUAAAGUUGCUAACAAGUUCAAGAAGGAACUCAUGAUGUCCAAUGAUAAAAGAGAAAGGAAAUCCAAUUUGGUUGUUGAAAAACUACAUUAGAAUUCAUUUCUGCCCCAUAAGACUAUUGAAAUUGGUAAGCCUGCUACUUUGAAGACAAUGGUAUGCGAUAAAACAAGUAUAUUAUUUUGUUAUGAAAGACCAUAUUACUAAUAUUUCUGUCAUAUGUGUUUAAGAGUGUCUGGGGAGAUCAAUACAAACCAAUAUUUACCUUGGUGAUCACAGAAGACUAAUUCAUGGCGGCAUCUGAUAUUUGAAGCUGAAUUUGCUAUUUUGCCAGGUACAAUCCCAAAACAGGUUUUUCCAUUAUUCAGAAUGGUCUUAGAAUACCUUUCUUGCUAAGGAAUUCCCUGAAGAUUUUAAGUAAAAACAGUAAGUAGUACAACUGUAAUGCAUCCCCAGCAGAGUCGACCUUGAUUCCUUUCCAUGAAACAUAGUUUAUAUCCCCAAAUUUUCCACUGAUGAAAAAUUCUUCAUGCUUCAUCAUUUUUCAGUUUUUUAUAAACUUCAGGGUCAAGCUCCAUUUGGUAAAUUUGUCAACCCUGCAUUUUCUUUCUUGUGACAGUCCAGAAGUUUCAGCAGCUCUUGUCUCCAGGUUAAAAGUUUCUCUCUUCACUGGAAAAUCUGGGUGCCAUUUCUCCACCCUGUGCAUAUCACCAUGACUUUCUUUGCCUGUUUUCUGGGGAACAUUCACUCUGGCCCUUUUUUGAUACUAUGUUUCCUAGUGCUUAUAUAUCUAAGUUAUAAAGGCAUAAGCUGAUGACUUUCUAUGUCAUGUUUGUGUGUUAACCACAUAGGCCAACUUCAUAGGCAGCUCUUCGGGUCUGUGCUUGAACUCCGUGGAUCCUUGGACCCCUGGCUCUUCCCCUUGCUCUAGACAAGAGAUCACUUAGGUUUGCAGAGCACAAAUACAGUUAGAGAGAUUGGCAGUCUCAGUUUUCCUGCAUCACGUCAUUGUAGAGGGCCCUCUGAUUGGUAUCCAGUAACUUCUACUCUUCCUGGAAAAAUACAUGGCCACUUCCUCAAAUGCCAACAAACUCUGGGACUUAGGCAAGAUGAGCUCAGAUGCCACUGUCAAGUCUUUGGUGUUCAGGAAAGGCAAGAUCUGAGCAGGCAUAGCUCUCACACACAUAGGCUGUUUAUGAGUAUUUCUGCUCAGCUGUUGUAGACCCUGGUAUGUAUUCCAAAAUUCUUCAUCCUGGAACCCGCCCACUGGAUGGGGUGCUGCUGGCUUCAGCUUGAAGCGUAGGGCCUCUACUGUUUCUCCAAGAGCACUGCCUCCUUUUCCAGCUCAUGGACUGCAACUGGCAUCAUUCUGUCUUGGAACAGUUUGCUCCUGUGUUGGACACCUCUCAGAAGCCUGGAUACCUCUCAGAAGCCUGCUCAUUCCACACCUACAUCCCUCCUAAGACCCAACCUGUCAUCCUCCCUUCUCAUCCCAAAGCUUAUCCAGCAGAAGGCAAGGAGAUACCACAGACAGAAUAGGUCCCCAAAUCUCAAUCUCUUCCAUCCUCAAAGGGAGUCUAUAUACAGAGACCUGUGGAAACCAGGAGCCUGGAGGCAGGCAGAAUAAUACACAUCAAGAGGAUGAAACAAAAGUCAUCUGGUCUGGUCUGUUUUCCUAAAGCCAGCCCAGUUUCUCCAUGGAUAUAGUGCCUAAUCCGGAGUACCAAUGUUCUCAAGAGAAAAGUCAGGAGAACAGAAGUCCUGAUUCCUGGAGGAAGCCUCCUGACAUGUUUCUAAAAGUCAAUUGGUAUGAAGGAUGACUACGAACUGUGACAUGGAGACAAAGGUCUGAAAAUUUACCUCAUGUCAUACUGGCUUCCUAGGGACACCAGAACAGAGGCCCCAAAAUUCCCAGAGCAGCAAUCCCUCUGUCCUCAGCAUAGGUGGGACACAAGUUCCCAUCUGCUACAAUAUUCUGUAGGCAGGCCCUAGUCAAGAAAUGGGUACCAAAAUACCUGCACUUCCAGUGGAAACACCCAUGACUCACUAUGAGGGCUAGGGAUAUCAGAGGAAUGAUCUUUUCUUAGGCUUUGAGUAUGGGGUGUUUGGUACACUCUGGAUUCUUCCGGGAUUUUUGCUGAUGUAGGGAAAUAUAACUGAUAAGGACUCAGUGUUCUGCGGGGCAAGUAUAGAUAUUUUCAUACAAAAUCCAAAUCUCAUAAUUUAGACUUUUCUUCACCCUUAGAGACCCCCGAUUAAUGAGGAUUUUAGUUAAUGACUAUUAAAUAUAACUGAGAGCUGCAUGAGAAGUCUGCACAUCAUCAGGAAGCAGGUUCAGUUGUUAAUGAAGUCUGCUGGAUGCCUCAGCCCUAAACAGCUGCAGUUCAUAUUCAGCAACAUUCCCUUGCUUACUGACCUCAACUAGAAGUUCUUGGAGAGCCUGCAGAAGACCUUCCAAGCCCUAACUCAUGUCGGGCUUGGAAGGGCUGCCCUGUACAUACCAAGUUUUAAAGAGUGCAAGAGGAUGAAACGAGUCAUCAGGCCUGGACUGUUUUUCUAAAAUUACAGUACCCUGCACACACUGUACCCCUUCUCUGUUUUUUUCCCUAAGCACUUUGCCAUCUACCGUAUUAUUUAACUUUAUUUUAUCUCUCCUUACUAAAUUAUUAUUCCAAAAAGGCAAGCAUUUUUGUCUCAUUUGAUCUCAGCUAUAUCUCCAGGUCCAAGAACAGUAUAUUGUAAUUGCGGUAAUUGCAACAGGAAUUGCAGGGGACUGCAAUUUUAGAUGGGUAGCCAGCAAAGGCUUUACUGAGCUUGUUUGAACCUCAAAGGGUUAUAUAAGCAUUAUGGUGAGGAUGCAUAGAGUGGCCUGACUAGCUGAGUGCCUGGCACACACUAAGACUCAAUAAAUUCAAACUAAUACUCUUACUGUCAAGAGUGUCUGAUCACGGAGCUGGUUACUUUUACCCCCUUUCCUUAGGGGCUUAAGGAGAGCAUGCAUGAUUUCGGUGACUUUUACUGGAGUUCGUCAUUGACUCCCAUUCCAGGACCCGAGCUUUCAAAUCUCACCCUUUGCUUAAGGCCCAGAUGAAGCGCCACUUCCUAGGAGGCACUUUCCUAGUAUUCACUAUUCUCUCUCUCUCUCACUUAGAUCCUUAGAGACUUCUCCGAUAUAGUCCGAGUUCCAUUACUAAGUCGCUAUGUCUUUGGGCGAGUCACUUUAAUCUGGUUCUCAUUUUUUAUCAGUAAAAUUAAGAGGUUAGAUGAGAUCUACUUUCCGUCUUUAAUAUUCAUGACUCUAAGAGCAAAUCCCAAAUUCCCAUUCUUCUCACAGCUCAUUCAACAAUCCUAAUGGCAGCUGGUGCCCGCUGUACGGGGGUCUCCGCAAAAGCCCAAGCCUUAACCUGGGUCAGUCAAGACCAACGCUACCGAGGAACUGCAGGUAGCCGGCCGACCCACCUUGCAAUGGAAACACCUGACCUUUCCCAGAACGCCAGCCCUUCCAGCAUUUCCGGCUCUCCCCAGAUCUUCUUCCGGAACACUAGCUCCCGUUUGACUCCGCCCCUCUUCUACUCUUUAGAGUCUAUUGGCUGUUUCUUUGAGGAAGCGGAGCAUUUCCUGACGUUGAUUGGUUUCCGUCAUUGUUGUGGGGUUAGUUACAAACAAGGCGUGUCUGGUAUCCCUAGAAACGCUCUGCCGAUAGCCCUGAUUGGUCCAUGUCCUAACCAUCUUCCGUCCCAACUGCGAGUGGUUGAGUCCCUUGGCGGGGCGCGGCAGUGGUAGGUGUCGCUUUCGGGAUUCCAGAGCUGACGUGGCUUAAAUUUGGGAGGAGGGGGGCAACUGGAGCCUCUUACCGUAGCCUCUUCCAGAAAUGCUGAGCCGAUUAUCAGGAUUAGCAAACGUUGUUUUGCAUGAAUUAUCAGGAGAUGAUACUGAUCAGAAUAUGAGGGCUUCCUUAGACCCUGAAUUACCCCAAGAGUCUGACAUGGAAUUUAAUGAUAAAACACAAGAGGAUGUUUUGGAGCGCCUGGCUUAUGCAGAGCAGUUGGUGGUGGAGCUAAAAGAAAUCAUUCGACAGAAGGAUAUUGAACUGAAGCAGAAGGAUGAAGUUCUACAGGAAGAAAGACAGGCUGCCGAUAACAAAAUAAAAAAACUAAAACUUCAUGCUAAGGCCAAAUUAACUUCUCUGAAUAAACACAUAGAAGAAAUGAAGGCACAAGGAGGGACUGCUUUGCCUGUGGAACCUCAGUCAGAGGAGCAACUCUCCAAGCAUGACAAGAGUUCUACAGAGGAAGAAGUAGAAGUAGAAAAGAUAAAACAUAAACUCCAGGAGAAGGAGGAACUAAUUAGCAGUCUGCAAGCCCAACUUACCCAGGCACAGGCAGAGCAAGCUACACAGUUUGAUAAGAGUUCGACAGAGACAGAAGAAUUUUCAAUGAUGAAGCAACAGCUCCAAGAGAAGGAGGAACUCAUUAGCUCUUUGCAAGCCCAGCUCAGCCAGACACAGGCAGAGCAAGCUGCUCAGUUGAGUUCCAUGCAGCAGGUGGUCCGAGAGAAAGAUGCCCGCUUUGAAACACAAGUUCGUCUUCAUGAAGAUGAGCUUCUUCAGUUAGUAACCCAGGCAGAUGUGGAAACAGAGAUGCAACAGAAAUUGAGGGUGCUGCAGAGGAAGCUUGAAGAGCAUGAAGAAGCCUUGCUGGGCCGGGCUCAGGUCGUGGACUUGCUGCAACAGGAGCUGACUGCUGCCGAACAGAGAAACCAGAUUCUCUCUCAACAGUUACAGCAGAUGGAAGCUGAGCAUAACACUUUAAGGAACACUGUGGAAACAGAAAGACAGGAGUCCAAGAUUCUGAUGGAAAAGAUGGAACUUGAAGUGGCAGAGAGAAAAUUAUCCUUCCAUAACCUGCAGGAAGAAAUGCAUCAUCUACUGGGCCAGCUGGAGCAAGCAGGUCAAGCUCAGGCUGAACUACAGUCCCAAUACAGUGCUUUAGAGCAGAAGCACAAAACGGAAAUGGAAGAGAAGACCUCUCACAUUUUGAGUCUUCAAAAGACUGAGCAAGAACUGCACUCUGCCUGUGAUGCUCUAAAGGAUGAAAAUUCAAAGCUUCUCCAAGAUAAGAGCGAACAGGCCGUUCAUUCAGCCCAGACGAUUCAGCAGCUGGAAGAUCAACUCCAGCAAAAAUCCAAAGAAAUUAACCAAUUGCUAAAUAAACCAAUCCUGCAAAAAGAUGAAACAGCAUCACAGACUUCUUUCCCGGAUGUUUCUAAUGAAAGUGUGCAGGCAGUCACUGAGGAUAUUGCCUUUUUGCAGAAGAAAGUGGUAGAGCUAGAGAAUGAAAAGGGAGCCUUACUCCUUAGUUCUUCUGUAGAACUGGAAGAACUGAAAGCUGAGAAUGAAAAACUAUCUUCUAAGAUUACUCUCCUGGAGGCUCAGAAUAGAACUGGAGAGGCAGAUAGAGAAAUCAGUGAGAUCAGCAUGGUUGAUACUACCAGGCUCAACAAGAGCAGCUCUUCUGCUGAGGAAAGUGGACAAGGGAACACAUUUUUUCAGAAACAUAAAGAAUUGUCAGUUUUAUUGUUGGAAAUGAAAGAAGCUCAAGAGGAGAUUGCAUUUCUUAAGUUGCAGCUGCAGGGCAAAAAGGCUGAGGGGGACCCUGAUAUCCUUGACGAGAAAGAAAUGAAACAGAUAGAGAGUGAAGGAAUACCUCCAGUCAGGAUGAAAAAACUGCAUGAAGAUACAGGGCAGCAUUUCCCCCCAAUGUCAAAUGAAGAGAGCAGUCUUCCAACAACUGAAAAAGAAGAGCAGAUGAGCACUGAACAUCAAAGUAGAACAUCUGAGGAAAUAUCUUUAAAUGACACUGGAAUGGAAUUGAAAUCAUCAAUGCAGAAUGAUGCCGAUAAAUCCCCUUCUGCUGUGUCAGCUGUUUGUCAGUGUCACCAGGAAGAAUUGGAAAGGCUAAAAAGUCAAAUUUCGGAGCUUGAGAUUAGCUUUCAUAAAGCAGAAGAAACCUAUGAGAAUAAUUUAGAUGAGAAAGCUAAGGAAAUAAGCAGCCUAAACCAGUUGAUUGAAGAUUUUAAGAAAAAUGCUGAGGACACCAACAGUGCAUUCACUGCUUUGUCUGAAGAAAGAGACCAGCUUCUCUCUCAGGUGAAGGAACUUAGUGUAGUAACGGAACUAAGGGCUCAGGUACAGCAACUGGAAGUGAACCUUGCAGAAGCAGAAAGGCAAAGAAGACUUGACUAUGAAAGUCAGACUACUCAACACGACUUGCUUACUGAACAGAUCCACAGUCUCAGCAUAGAAGCCAAAUCGAAAGAUGUGAAAAUUGAAGUUUUACAGAAUGAAUUGGAUGAUGUGCAGCUUCAGUUUUCUGAACACAGUACACUGAUGAAAAACCUGCAAAGCCAGCUGCAGAAGAAGGAAAGUGAAGUGCUUGAGGGAGCAGAACGUGUGAGGGAUAUCUCAAAUCGGAUGGAAGAACUUAAACAGACUCUUUCACAGAAGGAACUGGAAAUAGCAAAAAUGGAUCAACUCUUACUAGAGAAAAAGAGAGAUGUGGAAACCCUUCAACAAACCAUCGAGGACAAGGAUCAGCAAGUGACAGAAAUCAGCUUGAGUAUGACUGAGAAAAUGGUGCAGCUUAAUGAAGAGAAGUUUUCUCUUGGGGUUGAAAUUAAGACUCUUAAAGAACAGCUGAAUUUAUUAUCCAGAGCUGCAGAGGCAAAAAAAGAGCAAGUGGAAGAAGGUAAAGAAGUUGUUUCUGGCCUUAAACAGACUUACGAUGAAUUGAGCCCAGCAGGGCUAAUAAAUAAAGAACUUCAGCAUGAAUUAGACAUUGUAAAGAAAGAAAGUGAGCAGAGAAAGAGAAAGCUCCAGGCAGCUCUUAUUAACAGAAAGGAACUUCUACAGAGAGUUAGUAGAUUAGAAGAGGAAUUGGCCAAAGUGAAAGAUGGAUCCGGAAAAGAGAUCCCAUUCAAUGAGAAUGAGAGGAGAGAAAUGGAGGAAGAUAAAGAAAGUAAAGAAGACUCAGAAAAAUGUAUGACUUCUAAGUGCCAAGAAAUAGAAAUUUCUUUAAAACAGACAAUAUCUGAGAAAGAAGUGGAACUAGAGCAUUUAAGGAAGGAUUUGGAAGAAAAGGCAGCAGCUGAAGAAGAGUUACAGGCUGUGCUCAAAGAGAUGAAUCAGAACUUGCAAGAGAAGGCAAACGAGAUAGGUUUGCUCCAAGCAGAAAUCAUUGAAAACCAAGCAAUUAUCCAACAGUUAACCACAGGUAACAGGGAUGCAGGUGGUGGAGACUCAGCAGCACCUGGAAAGGAAACAGUGGUGAGCAGUCCACCUGAUGGAGGUGCUGUAGAACACUGGAAAGCAGAGCUGGAAGAAAAGAUAUUGGACCUUGAAAAAGAAAAGGAGCAACUUCAAAAGAAGCUACAGGAAGUGGUAACCUCUCGCAAGGCGAUUCUAAAAAAGGCACAGGAAAAAGAAAGACAUCUUAGGGAGGAGCUAAAGCAACAGAAAGAUGACUAUAAUCGCUUGCAAGACCAGUUUGAUGAGCAAAGCAAGGAAAAUGAAAACAUUGGAGACGAGCUAAGGCAACUCCAGAUUCAAAUAAGGGAGCCUGGAGACAGAAAGCUUCCAGACACUGACCAGCAAGAACGAGGCUCUCCCACUCAAGAUUUAGAAGACCCUUUAUUGAAAGCCAUGGAGCAGCAACCUGCCCAACCUGUUUUGGAGUCUAGCUUGUGCCCGGACUGGCCUUCUCAUUCUGAAGAGGCACGUGCUCUGCAGGGCAAUACUUCUAUUGCCCAGAUUAAGGCUCAGCUCCAAGAAAUAGAGGCUGAGAAAGAGGAGUUAGAAUUGAGGGUCAGUUGUACAAGAAGUGAGCUCACUAAAAAAUCGGAAGAGGUAUUUCAAUUACAAGAGCAGAUAAAUAAACAGGGUUUUGAAAUCCAAAGUCUGAAGACAGCGUCCCAUGAAGCCGAAGCCCGCGCAGAAAGCCUGAGGCAGAAAUUGGAAAGCAGUCAAUUAGAAAUCGCUGGAUUAGAACGUUUAAGAAACUUCCAGCCUGAACUAGACGAACUGCAAAAACUCAUAAGCCAAAAGGAAGAAGAAGUUAGAUACCUUUCUGGACAGCUGAGCAAGAAAGAAGAAGCCCUUACUAAAGUACAAACAGAGAUAAUAGAACAAGAGGAUUUAAUUAAGGCCCUGCAUACACAGCUGGAAAUGCAAGCCAAAGAACAGGAUGAGAAGGUAAAGCAGUUACAGGCAGAACUUUGUGAGGUGAAGCAAAAACCGGAAGAGAUAGGAGAAGAAAGUAAAGCAAAGCAACAAAUACAGAGGAAACUGCAAGCUGCCCUCAUUUCCCGAAAAGAAGCACUAAAAGAAAACAAAGGUCUCCAAGAGGAGUUGUCUUUGGCCAGAGAUACCAUUGAACAUCUCACUAAGUCUCUGGCAGAUGUGGAAAGCCAAGUUUCUGCUCAAAAUAAAGAAAAAGAUACAUUCUUAGGAAAGUUAUCUCUUCUCCAGGAAGAAAGAGACAAACUCAUUACGGAAAUGGACAGAUCUUUAUUGGAAAAUCAAAGUCUCACUGGCUCUUGUGAAAGUCUAAAAUUUGCUCUGGAGGGUCUUACUGAAGACAAAGAAAAGUUAGUGAAGGAAAUUGAAUCUUUGAAAUGUUCUAAGAUUGCAGAAAGCACUGAGUGGCAGGAGAAGCACAAAGAGUUACAAAAAGAGUACGAAACCCUUCUGCAGUCCUAUGAGAAUGUUAGUAAUGAGGCAGAAAGGAUUCAGCAUGUGGUGGAAACUGUGAGGCAAGAGAAGCAAGAACUGUAUGGCAAGCUAAGAAGCACAGAAGCAAACAAGAAAGAAGUGGAAAAGCAGUUGGAGGAAGCUCAACAAGAAAUGGAGGAAAUGAAAGAAAAGAUGAGAAAGUUUGCUAAAUCUAAACAGCAGAAAAUCCUAGAGUUGGAAGAAGAGAAUGACCGGCUUAGAGCAGAGAUACACCCUGCAGAAGGUACAUCUAAAGAUUGUAUGGAAGAACUUCUUUCUUCCAAUUCCAACAUGAAGGAGGAACUGGAAAGGGUCAAAACAGAGUAUAAAACCCUUUCUAAGGCGUUUGAGUCCUUAAUGACUGAAAAAGACUCUCUAAGUGAAGAAGUUCAAAGUUUAAAACAUGAGAUAGAAGGUGGUGUAUCUAAACAAGCUAGCCUAGAGGCCACUGAGAAACAUGAUAAUCAGAGGCAUAUCACUGAAGAGGCAGCACAAUCUGUCCCAGGUGAGGCUAAGGAGCAGGAUUCUUCGAGUAUGAGCACAAAGCAUGAAUGUUCAGAAUCCAUUCUGCCAGAGACCAGUGCCAAGCCUGAUAUCAGUGAAAAUGUCAGCUCACAUGAUGAAAUUAAUAACUAUCUACAGCAGAUGGAUCAGCUCAAAGAAAGAAUUGCUGAGUUAGAGGAGGAGAAACAGAAAGAAAAGGAAUUGAACCAGAUUUCAGAAGACGAGAGAAAUGCUUUACUGAGUCAAAUAUCAGCAAAGGAUGGUGAACUAAAAAUGCUUCAGGAAGAAGUAACCAAAAUAAACCUGUUAAAUCAGCAAAUCCAAGAAGAACUUGCCAAAGUAACCAAGCUCAAGGAGACAGCAGAGGAAGAGAAAGAUGAUUUGGAAGAGAGGCUUAUGAAUCAAUUAGCAGAACUUAAUGGAAGCAUCGGGAAUUAUUAUCAGGAUGUGACAGAUGCCCAAAUGAAAAAUGAGCUACUGGAAUCUGAAAUGCAGAACCUUAAAAAGUGUGUGAGUGAAUUGGAAGAAGAAAAGCAGCAGUUGGUCAAGGAGAAAACUCAGGUGGAAUCAGAAAUACGAAAGGAAUAUUUGGAGAAAAUACAAGGUGCCCAGAAGGGAGCUAGUAAUAAGAGCCAUGCGAAAGAACUUCAGGAGCUGUUAAAAGAAAAACAACAAGAAGUAAAGCAGCUGCAGAAAGACUGCAUCAGGUACCAAGAGAAAAUUAGUGCACUGGAGAGAACUGUUAAGGCCCUAGAAUUUGUUCAAAGUGAGUCCCAAAAAGAUUUGGAAAUAACCAAAGAAAAUCUGGCUCAAGCCAAUGAACACCGCAAGAAGGCAGAAACAGAAUUAGCUAGCUUCAAAGUACUGCUGGAUGACACCCAAAGUGAAGCAGCAAGGGUCCUCGCAGACAAUCUCAAGUUGAAAAAGGAACUUCAGUCAAAUAAAGAAUCAGUUAAAAGCCAAAUGAAACAAAAGGAUGAAGAUCUUGAGCGAAGACUGGAGCAAGUAGAAGAGAAACACCUGAAAGAGAAGAAGAAUAUGCAGGAGAAGCUGGAUGCUUUGCGUAGAGAAAAAGGCCACUUGGAAGAGACAUUUGGAGAGAUUCAGAUUACUUUGAACAAGAAAGAUAAGGAAGUUAAGCAACUUCAGGAAAACUUGGACAGUACUGUGGCCCAGCUUGCAGCUUUCACUAAGAGCAUGUCUUCCCUCCAGGAUGAUCGGGACAGAGUGAUGGAUGAAGCCAAGAAAUGGGAGAGGAAGUUCAGUGAUGCCAUUCAAACCAAAGAAGAAGAAACUAGACUCAAAGAGGAGAACUGCAGUGUUCUAAAGGAUCAGCUUAGGCAGAUGUCCAUCCAUAUGGAGGAAAUGAAGAUCAAGAUUUCCAGACUUGAACAUGAUAAGCAGAUUUGGGAAUCCAAGGCCCAGACAGAGGUCCAGCUUCAACAGAAGGUCUGUGAUACUCUGCAGGGGGAAAACAAAGAACUUCUGUCCCAGCUAGAAGAGACUCGACAUCUAUACCAUAAUUCUCAGAAUGAAUUAGCUAAAUUAGAAUCAGAACUUAAGAAUCUCAGAGACCAGUUGUUUGAUUUAAAUAACUCUUUAGAAAAAUGUAAGGAAAAUAAAGAACAUUUGGAAGGGAUCAUAAAGCAGCAAGAGGCUGACAUCCAAAAUUGGAAGUUCAGUUAUGAGCAGCUAGAGACUGAUCUUCAGGCCGCCAGAGAACUGACCAGUAGGCUGCAUGAAGAAAUAAACAUGAAAGAGCAAAAAAUUAUAAGCCUGCUCUCUGCCAAGGAACAGGCAAUCCAAGUAGCUGUUGCUGAACUGCAUCAGCAACAUGAUAAAGAAAUUAAAGAACUGGAAAACCUGCUGUCCCAGGAGGAAGAGAAUAUUGUCUUAGAAGAGGAGAACAAAAAACCUGUUGACAAAACCAAUCGGCUCAUAGAAACACUGAAAUCCAUCAAAAAGGAAAACAUGCAGCAGAAGGCUCAGUUGAAUUCCUUCGUUAAGUCCAUGUCUUCUCUCCAGGAUGACCGAGACCGCAUAGUAAGUGACUACCAACAGCUGGAAGAGAGACAUCUCUCUGUAAUCUUGGAAAAAGAUCAACUCAUCCAAGAGGCCGCUGCUGAGAAUAAUAGGCUUAAGGAAGAAAUUCGAUGCUUGAGAAGCCAUAUGGAUGAUCUUAAUUCUGAGAAUGCCAAGCUUGAUGCAGAACUGAUCCAAUAUAGAGAAGACCUGAACCAAGUGAUAACAAGAAAGGACUGUCAGCAAAAGCAACUCCUUGAAGUUCAAUUUAAGCAGAAUAAGGAGCUAAAAAGUGAAUAUGCUAAAUUAGAAGAAAAGCUGAAGGAGUCCGAAGAAGCAAAGGAGGAUCUGCAGAGGUCCUCUGCUGCCCUGCAGGAGGAGAAACAAGGUUUAUCUAAAGAGAUCGAGAGCUUGAAAGGAUCUGUAUCUCAACUAAAGAGACAAUUGACAGCUUUGCAAGAAGAAGGUACUGUAGGACUAUUUCAGGCCCAAUUAAAAGUAAAAGAAGAAGAGGUACAGAGAUUAAGUACGACUCUUUCUUCCUCUCAGAAGAGAAUUACAGAACUGGAAGAGGAAUUGGCUCAUGUUGAGAUGGAAGCUGCCAAGAAGGUAGGUGAAAUUGAAGAUAAAAUGAAGAAAGAAUUAAAGCAUCUUCAUCAUGAUGCAGGGAUAAUGCGAAAUGAAACGGAAACAGCAGAAGAGAGGGUGGCAGAGCUAGCAAGAGAUCUGGUGGAGAUGGAACAGAAAUUACUCAUGGUCACCAAAGAAAAUAAAGACCUCACAGCACAAAUCCAGUCUUUUGGAAAGUCUAUGAGUUCCCUACAAAAUAGUAGAGAUCGUGCCAAUGAGGAGCUUGAUGAACUGCAAAGGAAAUAUGCUGCCAGCCUGAAGCAGUUGUCACAGCUGAAAGAAGAGCAGGGCCCGUUAAGCAGAGAGAGGGAGGUUCUUGUCUCUAAAGCUGCCUGUCCAGUGAAUUCCACUGAGGAUAACAGCUUGCCUCCCCUCGAGAAACUUAACCAACAGCUUCUAUCCAAAGAUAAGCAACUGCUUCACUUGUCUUCACAACUAGAAGAUGCUUACAACCAAGUGCAGUCCUUUUCCAAGGCUAUGGCCAGUCUACAGAAUGAGAGAGAUCACCUGUUGAAUGAACUGGAGAAAUUCCGCAAGUCAGAGGAAGGGAAGCAGAGGUCUGCAGCCCAGUCUGCAACCAGUCCAGCUGAAGUACAGAGUUUAAAAAAAGCUAUGUCAUCACUCCAAAAUGACAGAGACCGACUACUGAAGGAAUUGAAGAAUCUGCAGCAGCAAUACUUACAGAUUAACCAAGAAAACACUGAGUUACGUCCACUGAAGGCUCAACUUCAGGAGUAUCAAGAUAAGACAAAAACAUUUCAGAUUAUGCAAGAAGAGCUCAGGCAGGAAAACCUCUCCUGGCAGCAUGAGCUGCAUCAGCUCAGGAUGGAGAAGAGUUCCUGGGAAAUUCAUGAGAGGAGAAUGAAGGAGCAGUACCUUGUGGCUCUCUCAGAUAAAGAACAGCAGAUCAGUCAUCUGCAGAAUCUUAUGAGGGAAUUGAGAUCUUCUUCCUCCCAGACUGAGACCCUCAAAGGACACUACCAAAGACAGGCAUCCCCAGAGACUUCAGCUUCCCUAGAUGGGUCACAAAACCUGUCUUAUGAAACAGAACUUCUUAGGACUCAGCUCAAUGACAGCUUAAAGGAAAUUCACCAAAAGGAAUUAAGAAUUCAGCAACUAAACAGCAAGUUUUCUCAACUGCUUGAAGAGAAAAAUACCCUUUCAGUUCAGCUCUGCGAUACCAGUCAGAGCCUUCGUGAGAACCAGCAGCACUACAGUGAACUUUUUAAUCACUGUGCAGUCUUGGAGAAGCAGGUUCAAGAGCUGCAAGUGGGGCCACUGAAUAUAGAUGUUGCUCCAGGAGCUCCCCAGGAAAAGAAUGGAGCUCACAGGAAGUCUGACCCUGAAGAACUCAGGCAGCCACAGCGAAGCUUUUCUCAAGCCCAGCAGCAGCUGUGCAACACUAAACAGGAGGUGAACGAGUUGAGGAAGCUGCUGGAAGAAGAACGAGACCAAAGAGUGGCUGCUGAGACUGCGCUCUCCGUAGCUGAGGAACAGAUCCGGCGGUUGGAGCACAGUGAUUGGGACUCUGCCCGGACUCCUAUCAUUGGCUCCUGUGGCGCUCAGGAGCAGGCACUGCUCAUAGACCUUCCAGGCAGCAGUUGUCGACGGUCACGGAGUGGUGCUGGAUGGAAGCGGGUGCUGCGUUCGCUCUGUCAUUCCCGGACCCGAGUGCCACUGCUAGCAGCCAUCUACUUUCUGAUGGUUCAUGUCCUACUCAUUCUCUGUUUCACGGGCCAUCUAUAAACUCAGUGCUUACCUUUUGGACCACUUCUCUCGGAACUUGGAAUUCUCUCACCUCUAAAAGCAAAACCAUCCAGUCCAACACAACAGUCUUCCCACUUACAGGUCCUCUCUCCAACUCUACACGGAAAGUGCCUGCAAAACAGAGUGGAUGUGAGCACAGGUUCGAGCUGCAAGGACCAGCAAGUCCGCUUUCUUCUACUACUGCCCAGCCCUGAACACUUUUGCAUAACCUGAGGAGGCCCCACAGUUGGUUGUGGAGCUCAAGAUUUGUUCAGAUUUUGUAGGGCGCUGAUCUCUUGUGGUCCUCUGAAAGAUGCUGAGAAAUGUUUUUCAGCCUGGACGGCGAUUCCAAUAAACCUAAUAAUCCGAAGUCCAGUAUCAUUUUGAUUGAUACUUUGCUUCAUUUACGUUAUAUUUUCUCCUGCUUCAGGGGAAGGUGGACCCGCCAUAAAGAGAGUUCUGGGGAACAUUAUCUCUUAAGAUAUCUGAUUAGCUGUUCUGCAAAAGAGGGUAGGAGCUGAAGAACUCCCCGGGGGUUUUUAGCUGCCAGAUCAUAGGGGAGGACAGCAUCCCUGGCUGUUCAGAUCUCAUUAGAGUGAGAUUUGUGGUCCUGGACUGUAAGGCUAGGAUGCCAUUGCUUAUGCCCUUGAUCACAUGUAUGCUAAGGGCCUGAGUGGCCGUGCCUUUUUUUCCACUGAAAGGCAGGAAGAUCUGGCUAGACAGUGGGAUUCGGAUUCUUCUCAUUGUGUGUUCCCUGAAUGUGCUGGGAAUGGGGGCCCGAAGGCAGCACACUGGGAGCCAGUCCUGGGGGAGCGUUGACUCCCUGACAGGGAGGGCUGACUGGUCUGAGGCCCACUCCUAGCCUCUUGAAGUACUGAGCGACUUCGCUGUUGGUGACAGUUAUUCCGCUUUCUCAGCCCCAUACUCAUCUGCCCACUGUGGUAACAGAGCUGAGAAAAAUGGAGGGAGAACACAGAAAAGACACAGUGUUUAAAUCUCGGCCUGAGAAUGCUAGCAGGAUGGAAUUCCAUGUGUGCCUCGUCCCUGCCUCCCCUCCCCCUCAGUCCGUACCCGGUGGUAGUUUUCUCAUUAUGCACAUGAUGUCUUCACAGCCUGUUCUCACCACCCAAAGAAGAGAGAAAACUGGUGCACUGACUGAUCUGCUCUAAUCCUUUGUUCUGUGGUGACCAAAUCUUGGUCACAGCAACCCAGGAACUUUCCUGAAUAACUGUAAAAUAAUAAAAUUAUUUUCAG